AUGAUCCAAAUUGUCAGCAUCGAUUAUUACAUGGCUCCUCCAAUACCGCAUAUCGAUUAUUGCUUUUCGUCUCUGGAGGGGACAACAGUCGACCUUGUGCCGGUCAUCCGCAUCUUUGGGGCCACUCCAGCCGGACAGAAGGCCUGUAUCCAUGUUCACCGGGCCUUUCCCUACUUUUACGUUCCUUACGAUGACAGCCUGCCCUCCACACCCCAAGAAGGUAACGGCGGAGGUAAUGGUGGCAGCUCAGCCUCCAAGCAGCGGCAAGUGGUUCACGCAUUGCAGCUGGUUCGCGGCAAGCCCUUCUAUGGUUACCUCAUGGACGAGCAGCUGUAUAUCAAGGUCGUACUGUGA